UUCCAAAAAGAUUGAAAUUCGAUAACAGUGAUAUCAAUGAAGUUGAUGAUAUAGAAACUCAAAGUAUACACUCGGGAUUAACAGGAUACAGUCCAAACAAUCCAUUUUUUAUACCGGUUAAAGAUGAUGCAUCGGGUGAAAAUGAUGUAUUUGACUCAUCCUACCAUACUAGAUCAGAGGAAUCAAAUGAUGAUAUUGAACUUGAACAAAAAGAAAAAAUCGAGUUUCAGUAUGAAUGGUUUGUUGGACCCGGUAUAAAAGAGUUUACAUUGAAUGAAAAUGACAAUAAGAAUUUAUCAACUGGGAUCCCAGAAAUGAUUGGUCCCGCAUCAUUGAAAGCGAUUUUUGAAAAUAUAAGAAGCGAAUAUACUCCAUAUCAUUUGUCAGAUAAAGAUGUUAUACGAUGUCAUGAGAUAUCCAAGAUCGCAAAUAAAAACUUCCAAGGUUGCAAGUCAUUACUUAGGAAAUGGCAGAAGGAAGUCGAAGAGAAUGAUGAUGAUUUAGUUUUAGAAGUUUUUGAAUCAGUGUAA